GGUUGCGGGGCGCGGGGACUCCGCGCCGGCCCGUCGUGCCAGCGACCGACGCACGAACACUUCGAAAUUGACUCGCACGGACUGUGUGCGCAUACAUAAUACAUAUUGUUGUUUGGUCUUUUAUAAAAUUAAAAUAAAAUUCACGAAGAGAACCAGUAUUUAUUUAUAUUAUAUUUACACCCAUUAACACAUCACUAUUUUUGGUCCUUCGCCCUUCUAACUUUGUGGAUUUGGAAACAAGCCAUACGACAAACAAGAAAGGAUUUCUGCAAAUGGGAAUACCUACAACACACAGCUGUGAAGAAUUACGAGAAGAGCACCGCGGAAACAAAGGACGAGGGACACGAUACUGAGUGAGUUCGUUCCAUUUUCCUUCUUAUUUUUCCGUCUUCCUUGCGCCUUCCUUUCGAUUUUUCAAAAUUAGAAUUUCUUCACACGCUUAAGCUAAUCAUUAUUACGUAUUAAACUUACAUCUAAUUCUUAUAAUAAUCAUAAUCUUCAUAGGUACUUAAAUACUUUAAUUGAGAAUUAUAAUAAUCUUUCAUUAUGCUCCAAGCUAAAUUUUUUAAUUAAUUGCUUGCUUAUUCAUUCAAUAUUACACGUGGUUAACUACCUACACGUAUUCAACUCGCUUCGACCGCUCGGCCGCUCGGCCGCUCGGCCGCUCGGACAAAAAACCGGUUCCUUAUCGCUAGCGACGUAGUUCUCAUACCUAUCUUGUAGUCAUUUUGCAUCGUAAUAAUAUAAUAUGAAUGCAUCAAAUAGGUAACUACUCAUCACGCGCGGCUUUUUAGCUGUUUUUCUUUUAAGAUAGACAUAUAUUUAAGCUAUAUAGUAAUAGUUUAGAUUUUUAUAACCUACAGUAAUGCUUUUUAGUGUUUAUAAUUUUAUCUUUUACGCUUUUAUAAAUAAUAAAACACUGUGAUAGCUCUUAGCAUAGUCAACACUAGCAUUUAACAUUUAAGAAUUUAAAUUUUAAAUAUUUUAUGCACAUCAUUAGAGAACCUAUAUGGUUCUAGCUUUUAGCUAAGUUUUUAGUAUAUUGUUUUAAACACAUUUUUUCUAAAUUAUACCUAUUAAGCUGCAGCAAGUAUUUAAUAUUUGUAGAUUGAUUACUUGAGUAAAUAAUUAAUGGUUCAAUUAAUUUAAAUUAUCUUUAAUUUGAGAUUUUUUUUAAUUUAUUGUUUUUAAACUUUGAUUUUUUUUUCUAAAAAUGGGUGAUGCAAAAAUAAAAGAAUUGACAAAACUUCGCGGUAGUGUUAAGGGGAAGCUAACAAUUUUUCAAAAUUAUUUAAGCAGCUUUGAUGAUAGUAAUCAUGAUGAUUUAACUGAAAAUCAGGUUAAUGAGCUUGAGUGCCGGUUAAAUAAAGUAGACAGCUUGCAUGUUGAAUUCGAUAAAUUUCAGACGGAACUCGAAAUGUUAUCAGAAGAUCCAAGUCAACUAUUUUCUGAGCGUGAGGAAUUUGACCAAAAGUAUUUUUCAUUGGUAGCAUCCGCAAGAACAAUUAUGAACAGGAGCAGACGUCAACUGCAUCGGAGACUUUCUGUGUCCGAGACUAGUGAAGGGAGCGUAAGCAGAGAUGGAGGGUUUCGAGAUUUCGUUCGUUUACCUAAAAUCUCCCUUCCCUUCUUCAAUGGUGAAAAAAUGGAAAAUUGGCUGGAGUUCAGAGAUACCUACCUGUCUAUAAUUCAUAAUUGUUCCACCAUUGGUAAUAUCAAUAAAUUUCACUAUUUAAGAGCAGCAUUAAAAGGCAGUGCCUUAACUGUAAUACAAAGUCUUGAAUUCACAGCAAAAAAUUAUGACGUUGCUUGGCAAUUGCUUUCUAGUAGGUACGAUAACGAACGCAUUUUAGUAAAUAUACAUGUUAACGCUUUAUUAAAUUUCACACAAAUUCAAAAAGAGUCUGGUAAAAUAUUAAGAAAUUUAGUCGAUACCGUUAAUCGAAAUUUAUGUGCAUUAAAUAGUUUGGGUCAACCCACCGAUCAUUGGGAUACCUUAAUAAUACAUUUAAUGAGUAGGAAGUUAGACAGUGUCACCUUUCGUCACUGGGAGGAACACCGGAAUUCAAUAACGACUUCACCAACAUUAAAACAAUUUUUAACUUUUUUAACAAAUCGAGCAGACUUGUUAGAUACAAUACAGUUGGAAGAUACAAAAAGAGAAGAUACAUCACAAUUAAAUCAUUUCACACAAAACACAAAAAACACAAUUUACAACAAAACAAAAAACACAAAAAAUGAAAUUUCAUGUCCUAUGUGUAAACAAAAUCAUUUUUUAUUUAGCUGUGCGGAAUUUCGAAAGUUAAGUAUUAAUACACGGUUAGAAAAAGUAAAGGAUUUUGGAGUCUGUAAAAAUUGCUUACGGCCUGGACACAAAGACAGAUUCUGUCGAUUAACUCACUGCAAAUACUGUAAUUUGAAGCACAGUAGUCUUCUACACAAAGAUACUGAACAGGAAACUGUCGUAGCUUUGUCGUCAUCUAUAAAAGCUAGUGACAAGCCUCUUACAUUACUUUCCACAGCCUUGGUGAACGUGGUCGGCGCGGACGGCAGAUUGCACACCGCUCGCGCUCUUCUUGACAAUGGUGCUACUGCGCACUAUGUCACACAACACCUCUGUGAGAAGCUGGGUUUGGCACGAAAAAACGUAAGCUCCACUGUGACAGUUAAGGCUGUACACUUGGAGCUCGUCACAGACCUUACUAAAGAGGCCUUCCUCGCUGCAUUCUUUAGGUUUAUCAGUCGCCAUGGAAAGCCAUUGACUGUGACGUCAGAUAACUCCACAACGUUCCUUGGAGCCAGUAACGAUAUAUCCAACUUUUUCACACAUCUGUCCGAAGACAUUAAAGCUGAUUUGAGUACCCAUGGAAUUAAUUUUAAAACCAUACCUCCUUAUACUCCUCAUAUGGGCGGACUAUGGGAGAGCGCGGUCAAAUCGGUAAAGCAUCAUUUAAAGCGGAUUUUAAAUUUAACACACUUAACCUAUGAGGAGAUGGCAACAUGCCUUGCUCAAAUUGAAGCUAUCCUUAAUUCCAGACCGCUGACACCUCUUUCUUCCGAUCCUUCAGACCUCUCAUGUUUAACUCCAGCUCACUUUCUAAUUGGACGACCACUUUUAUCUGUUCCUCGUCCUCCUGUCAGCGACGCCAAGCUCAGCGCCUUGGACCGCUACCAGAGGAUUGAGAAGCUGAAGCAACACUUCUGGGAUCGGUUCUCAAUAGAAUAUAUAUCUCUUCUUCAGCAACGUACCCGAUGGCAAUCAGCGAGUCCGGAUUUGCAGCUGGGCAGCUUGGUUCUUAUUAAGGAAAGGGGCCAGCCGCCUCUUCUGUGGUUGCUCGGACGAAUAGUCAAGUUGCACUCGGGCAGAGACGGAGUUUCGCGAGUAGCCGAGAUCCAGACCAGGAGAGGCCUAAUCACUCGGGCCUAUAAUAACAUCUGCCCACUGCCUAUUUGACAGCCUCGGCUUGGGCGGGCAGGAUGUCCAAGCGGACGACUACGCGGGUUGCGGGGCGCGGGGACUCCGCGCCGGCCCGUCGUGCCAGCGACCGACGCACGAACACUUCGAAAUUGACUCGCACGGACUGUGUGCGCAUACAUAAUACAUAUUGUUGUUUGGUCUUUUAUAAAAUUAAAAUAAAAUUCACGAAGAGAA